UCCGGAACACAUCGGAUCGUUUUUUUAGCCACUGGAUUUCAUAUAAUAUCUGGUUACAGUGCGAUGGUUGCAUGGUGCUAGGUUUGAUUCGUGAAGGAAGCUUGUUUGGUUGCUACGGAAUCCAUAGUCCAAUCUAUGACCACCAUUAUGGUGUUUUUAGUAUCGGUGUGAUUUGA